AUGGCACCUCACGUCGACGCUCCUUCGCCUGCUGGCAGCUACACCAACUGGCCCGGGAGUGUGCCCUCAAACUUGCGCCCUCUUGGUGCCUCUUCUACAAGACUAAGCUCUGUUACCAAUACGGAAUCGGCAUCACCAUUGAGUAGCUCUUUUGAUAGUACGUCCCUGGACGAGAACUUCAGAAUGGCCAAAACACUUGUUCCCGGCGUCUAUGUCCCCACCGUCUGUUUCUUCGACCCCGAGACUGAAGAUGUCGAUACAAAGCAAGUAGCCCAACAUGCUGUGCGCCUUGCCCGCGCGGGCGUGGCGGGCUUGGCCACCCAGGGCUCAAAUGGCGAGGCUGUCCAUCUUUCUCGCGAAGAGCGAUGCCUCGUCACCUCGACCACAAGAAAGGCCCUCGAUGCGGCGGGUUUCGAAACAUUGCCAGUCAUUGUGGGCUGUGGCGGCCAGAGCACACGUGAGGCCAUCCAACUCUGUGUUGACGCUGCAAAAAAUGGCGGCGACUAUGCCCUCGUCCUACCUCCCUCCUAUUACGCUGGGCUCUUUGCUCCGUCCUCAAAGACUAUUCUCGAAUAUUUCAACGCUGUGGCAGACGCUUCCCCAGUGCCACUCAUCAUCUACAAUUACCCGGGCGCCGUGAACGGCAUGGAUUUGUCAUCUGAUAUCAUUGUGCAGCUCUCUGAGCAUCCCAACAUUGUUGGCGUCAAGCUGACCUGCGGCAACACUGGAAAACUCAACCGAGUUGCUGCUGCCACGCGAAAGUUGACCAAGAACUAUGAUGCCAAAAAACCAGAGUUUUUGGUGUUGGCCGGUUCCGCAGACUUCAGCAUCCAGUCACUCAUUGCCGGCGGUCAUGGUAUCCUUGCAGGACUAGCAAACAUUGCACCCAAGGCCUGUUUAAAGACCAUUGAGCUUUUCGAGGCGGGCAAGUACGAAGAGGCACAAGAUAUGCAAGACACAGUAUCACAGGGCGACUGGGUAGCCAUCCAAAGCGGAGUGAUUGGCGUCAAGUCGGGUAUGCAGUCGUGGAUGGGUUACGGCGGCUAUGCACGUAGCCCGCUGCCAAAACCAACUGCCGAGCAGGCCAACGCCUGGAAGGAAGGCUUCCGGGAUUUGGUGCUACUCGAGAAAUCUCUGUAA